AUGCAAGCUCCCCGUCAUCUUCAUUUGGUAGUUGUUCGUCGCAUCAUUCGAUACUUCCGAGGAACAUCUAAUCAUGGAUUAUUAUUUCCUAGUGGUUCGCCUAUUCGUCUUAAUGCUUUUAGUGAUUCUGAUUGGGCAGGAUGUUCUGACACUCGUCGUUCGGUUAUUAGUUGGUGCAUGUUUCUUGGAGAUUCUUUGAUAUCUUGGAAGAGUAAGAAGCAAGACCAUGUGUCAAAACCUUCAAUAGAGGAUGAAUAUCGAGCAAUGUCUACUGCUUGCUCCAAGAUUGUGUGGCUUCGUGGAUUACUUGCUGAGAUUGGAUUUCCUCAAUUAAUCCUACUCCUCUCCAUGCUGACAAUACAAAAAAAGCUUACUGUAGAUUCCUCUGCCUCUAGUGAUGCUUAUUGUGAAAUAGUCUACGGUCAGAUGCCUCAUCAAAAAACGAGUUCAUGGAACAUGAGCAACAAUUGCUGCUCAUGGGACGGAGUGACGUGUGAUGAGAUGACAGGCCAUGUCAUUGAGCUUGACCUCCGUUGCAGUCAAAUUGUGGGGAAGAUUGAUUCCAAUAGCAGCCUUUUCCAACUCUCUCAUCUCCAAAGGCUUGAUCUUUCUUAUAAUGACUUCUCAGGUUCUCACCUCUCCCCUAAAUUCGGCAGUUGUCAUGUGGAUGUCAGCCUCUUUUCAGAAUUCAAAUAUCUUUCGUUUCUUGAUCUUUCAUACAAUAGUACCUCAUUUACCAAUGAGAACAAAGUUAUUUUUACUUGGCUAGAAUCUCUUGAUACGUUACUAUUGGCCGCAUGUGAAGUGAAAGAAUUGGAGUUUCUAAGAUCCGCAAAGCAGCUUGGGGAGUUGGAUCUUUCAAAUAAUAAGCUUCAAGGAAGGAUUCCUGAUUGGGCAUGGUCUAACUGGAUGUUUUCAAUGCAAAGUCUUAAUUUAUCCCACAACAUGCUGCCAAGUGUGGAUUCAAUCCCUCUACAACAUUUAGAUACCAUUGAUUUGCGAUACAAUUUGCUUCAGGGUUCACUACCAAUUUCACCAAAUUUGACAAGAUAUUUCUUCAUAUCAGAAAAUAAUCUUAGUGAAGAAAUUCCUUCAUCUAUUUGCAAUUUGACUUCACUGGUGAUACUUGAUUUGGGAAGAAACAAUUCGCGUGGAGAAAUUCCUCAAUGUUUGGGAAAUAUCACUGCUCUCACGGUUUUAGAUAUACGACAUAACAAUAUUUCUGGGAAUCUUCCAAGAGCUUUCAGCAAUGGAUGUUCACUGACAAGGCUCAACUUGCAUGGCAAUAAACUAGAGGGGAAAAUUCCCCGAUCUUUGGCCAAUUGCAAAGAGUUGCAGGUUCUUGACUUAGGAGAUAAUCAUCUCAUUGGCACAUUCCCGAUGUGUUUGGGAACUCUUCCAAAGUUGCAAGUCUUAAGCUUGAGAUCCAAUGAAUUGCAUGGCUCCAUCAGAACUCCAACUGUUGAAACCAUAUUUCCUAAUCUUCGAAUGUUAGAUCUCACUUCGAAUGGAUUGGAGCUUGAAGUUGUGAGAAUCUUGUCUUUGUACACCACUGUCAAUCUUUCAAACAACAAAUUUGAAGGACAUAUUCCAAGUAUUGUGGGAGAUCUUGUUGCACUUCGCGUGCUGAAUUUAUGUCAUAAUAGAUUGGAAGGUCAUAUACCGCCAUCACUUGGAAAUUUAUCUGUAGUCGAGUCAUUGGACCUAUCAGGUAACCAUCUUGUAGGAGAGAUACCAGCACAAUUUUCUUCUCUUACAUAUCUCAAAGUCUUAAAUCUCUCCCACAAUUAUCUUCAAGGAUGUAUCCUUCAAGGACCUCAAUUCGCUACAUUCGAGAACAAUUCAUAUGAAGGCAACGAUGGAUUAUGUGGAUUCCCAGUUUCACAAGGCUGUGGCAAUGAUCAUGUGUCCAAUACCGUAUCUGGACUAGAUGAUCAAGAAAGCGAUUUUGAGUUUCUCAAUGAUUUUUGGAAAGCGGCUCUUAUGGGUUAUGGAAGUGGACUAUGUAUUGGAUUAUCCAUAAUAUAUAUCAUGAUCUCAACCAGAAAUCCUAUAUGGCUUGCAAGAAUCAUUUUGAAACUGGAGCACAAAAUUAUUAUGAGAAGGAAAAAGAAGCAGCGACGUCUAAGGAAUAACAGAAGAAGAAACAAUCCCUUGUAGACAAGUUACUGAUCGAGCAACAUUUACCCUGACACAAACAUUUAUAAUUGAUUCCACGGCUCGACUACACGAGCUACGUG